AGUGAUAAUUUCAGCAGGAUCUAUUUUUGUGUUAAAGUUUACUGAGAGUUAUUUUGUAUUCCUCAUCUGAAGCGCAGAUAUUUUGCAGGUGGAGUACAACUACGUUGUACUAGCCAUCGCCAUCCCUACCUAUCCAUACCAUACUAUACCUAUGAGUCUCUGGAGCUCAGCCACAUGGAGGAACUGGAAAUGUAUGUAUUAUUCUUUCUUGUCUGGAUUAACUCUGACACUGGAUUCAUCCACAAUAUGCAGAAGGAUCUUGACAAUUAAAGUAGGCAUCAAGGGCUUUUAUUACUUCGUUCAGUCUUGGAUCGUUGCCUGAUAAGGAUAUCUUCUGCUGACCACCCAUUAAGUACAAUAUCAUACUGACCUGCUCUGUACUUGGUUUUGAAGCAAGGCUAGAUGCAAUAAUACCUUGAAAAUCUUCAGUAUCAAUUCACCCCGUGCAUCAGCUUGAUUGACACUUGCAACCUGCUAAGGAGGGCUUUCUAUAUUCAUUCAUCUACUGUCACCAUAUAAUAACCUUGGUCUUAUUGUGCUACAAAAGAAUAUUUAGAUUCUACUGAGAAUGAGCACUGGAUUUAGAAUUAUUUUUGAUCAAUAUAAGAAGCUCUAUGAAGAUGGUCGUUCAGGGCAAAACACAACCUGCCAGGAUGCAGAAUUAAAAGGAUUAGUCAAACAGAAGUUAAUAGAAAGGGCUGCGGAUUUACCCCUCUUCCUACAGGAUGAUAUGGUUGAAAUUAUUUCCAAGUCUUUGCACAAGACAGUGAAUUACACAAGUACAUUAAAGUCGCUGAUUAGGGCUUUUGAAUUACUGGAGUUGGCUGCUGUCAACCUCUUCCUGUACCCAUGGAGAAAUGAGUUCAAAACAAUUAAAAUGUUUUCAGGAGCAUAUGUGCACUACCUAAAACCUGCAAUAUGUAAUGAAGACCUUAUAAGAUUCUUUAAGAAAAUGGGCUAUACAUUAAAGGAUAACCUCCAACUAGAAAUUAAAGACCUACCAUAUUCUUUGGAAUUGAUCAGGUUGGCCUUUGAAUUCUUUGUUAUGAGAAUUGAAUGUGAAAUCUUGUUGGAGAUAGUAAUCAAGUUGGACCACUACCAAGUUUCAGUUGAUGAAUUGCUUCAAGAAAGGAAAUUGAUGGAAAACAUUGAUAUUUGUGUGAGUAAACUGAAGCGCCUUCGUGUUACUGACAGAAACCUGAGAGAAAACCUACUCAAAAAGACACCCUUCGCUGAAGAUAGUGUUGGCAAGGACUUGGGGAUUUCUAGUAUAAGAAAUCAAGCUGGUUCUCAUUCCCAGAGGGACUAUGAUGGAAAUGCAAUCCAUUCACCAACAUGGAAAUCAGUGUGGCCUACUCCGGAAUGCCAGUGCAAGGAUGGUGAUGGUGAUUAUAACAAACACUUUACUGGGAUUCCUGAUACAAAUUGUGUUCCUUCAAUGAACCAACACCAAGCAAAAGAUGGAUAUGAGUUUAACUCCAUUAGUAACUUGCAGACAGUUAGAGAUAAAAAAAUGGUAUUGUUGGAAAACAUUGAUGCUAAAAACUAUAAACAGCACUGCUGCCUUAGUAAUGGUGAAUCUGUUCACUUCUGUUGUACAACAUGUCUUUCAUUGCACACCAUUAUGUGUGAAGCUGUUAAAAAGUGUGCCAAUCAUGGUCAUUCCGUGACAUUUUUUGGUGCUCAGAGCUCAACAUGUUUGCCAGAAGCGGAAGCUUCUAAUAGUGAUUUAAAACAGCUAUCAUGUGCAGACAUAGCAAAAUCAGACACAAACUGUGGUAUUUGUAGUUGUGAAUCUGUAAGGUUUCUUUAUAAAUGUGGUAUGCGUGUGUGUUUUCACUGUGCUUACAAAAAUAUUUUGAUCUGCGAGAUCUGUGGCAGUAGCAUUUCAUAAGCUUGAAUCCUACUUUUAAAAGCAAUCGAUUAUAGCUUGAUAUUCAAUAGCAUAAAUGAAUCUUCAUACAAUUAAGUAAUUAUAUGUGGUGGGUUGAUAAAAUUGUGAUUUGCUUUGAAAAACCUAUAUUAAACACCAUUUUCCUCAAAAUAUCAAUUUUUGCUUUGGAAAUAUUGGGAAAUAACCAAAGAAUUAUGCUGAUUGUAAAUUAAAUGCUGUUCUAAGUAUGCACAGUUAUCAUUUUAUUGCAAGCCAUUUUGCACAGUCAUUUCGAUGCAAGCUGAAUUAUUUUUGAUCAGUGUUGGACGUGUUUCAAUAAUUAACUUUUUUUACAUUUUUCAAAUUGCAGACGAGAAAAAAAAAUGUAUUACUUGGAAAAAUGUAUACUGACUUACAGCUGAUUUCUACUUUGAAAUCCGAAUUCUAAAUAUAUGUACGAAUAGUGUUUACUGGAUGGAGUGCAACCUUUUGUUAUUUCAC